AUGGAGCUCCCGCCGAUGAACCUACGGGCAAUUUCGUCAUUUCUCCUCUGCACCAUCCUUCUCUCUUCCAUGGACUUAUCAUGGUCGUUGGGAUCUGCCUCUAACGUCUCCUAUGAAACCGAUCGUCUUGCUUUGAUCAACUUCAAACAUCUCAUAACCAACGAUCCUCUCCAAUCUUUGAGCUCGUGGAACCAUACUCUCCACUUCUGCCAGUGGAAGGGGGUCACAUGCGGUCGCCAACUUCCUCAAAGAGUCACCGCUUUGAACCUCAGUGGCCAGAGCAUGGUGGGCCCCAUAUCUCCUUACAUUGCAAACCUCACCUUCCUCAGCAUAAUCGAUCUUGCAAACAACAGCUUCCAUGGGAUGAUUCCUGAAGAGAUUGGCCGUUUGUCACACUUGCAAUCUCUCAUUCUGGCCAAUAACACAUUCACCGGAGAAAUUCCAGCAAAUCUGACCCACUGUUCCGAACUCAAAGUCCUUAAUUUUCGCUGGAACCAGCUCACAGGGAGGAUUCCAACUGAGCUUGGCUCUCUAUUGAAGCUCACCUUUUUGUCCCUUCGUCACAACAGUCUUACAGGAAUCAUCCCGCCUUCACUUGGAAACCUUUCAUCUCUCACAGCCCUUGGUCUCUCAAGAAAUAGUCUGGAAGGCAGCAUGCCAGAAGACCUUGGUCGGUUGGUGAGGUUACGCCAUCUUGCCAUAGCUGAGAAUGAAUUGUCAGGUAGGAUUCCAGAAGAGAUUGGCCGUUUGUCGCGCUUGCAAUCUCUCAUUCUGGCCAAUAAUACAUUCACCGGAGAAAUUCCAGCAAAUCUGACCCACUGUUCCGAACUCGAAGAACUUUAUUUUUGGGGGAACCAGCUCACAGGGAGGAUUCCAACUGAGCUUGGCUCUCUAUUGAAGCUCACCUCUUUGUCCCUUCGUCACAACAGUCUUACAGGAAUCAUCCCGCCUUCACUUGGAAACCUUUCAUCUCUCACCGUCCUUGAUCUCACGUGUAAUAGGCUUGAAGGCAGCAUCCCAGAAGACCUUGGUCGGUUGGUGAGGUUAAGUGCUCUUAGCAUUGGUUUAAAUGAACUGUCAGGUACGAUUCCACCCCAACUAUACAAUAUCUCCUCUAUUACCAUUUUGGGAGUGGUAGAGAACAAAUUGCAUGGAAAUCUUCCACCAAACUUAGGCCUCACUCUUCCAAAUCUCCGAGGGCUUUACUUCUCACUAAAUCAAUUCACAGGAUCCAUACCGGUUUCAUUAUCCAAUGCUUCAGGACUCGUGAUUAUUGACCUUAGUAAUAACAUCAUUAGUGGUUCCGUGCCUAUGAAUUUUGGAAGCCUCAAGGGUCUCAACAAACUACAUCUAGGCGGCAAUCAGCUCGGACUUGGGAAAGCUCAUGACUUGAAUUUUCUUGAUUCUUUGACCAAUUGCAGUAGAUUGCUGGAACUGGAAAUAAGCAAUAAUUACCUCAGUGGUGUGUUGCCCGAUUCCAUGGCUAAUCUUUCGACCCAACUGAGAUGGCUGAAUAUUGAAAGUAACAGGAUAUUCGGAAACAUCCCAUCUGGGAUUCAGAAUCUUGUUGGACUAACAGCACUGAUAAUAGGGCAGAACUUUCUAACAGGUAAUAUUCCCGUUGGUGUUGGGAAGCUUAACAAGGUGGAGGUACUUUUAUUGGGUGGAAAUGAAUUGUCGGGGCAAAUUCCGUCUUCCUUGGGCAACAUCUCCCGACUGUACAAACUCUUUUUACACCAAAAUAAUCUAAUAGGGAGCAUACCUUCAAGCCUCGGAAAUUGUACAUACAUGAAGUUCAUACGCCUCGGAGAUAAUAAUUUUAGUGGUAGCUUGCCCAAACAACUUUUCAGCUUUACCUCUUUAAUUGAACUCCAUGUUGGAAACAAUUUUUUUACCGGUAAUCUGCAGAUGGAAACCGGAAACUUGAAAAGUCUCCGGACACUGAAUGUUUCUAAUAACAAAUUGUCAGGAGAAAUUCCAAGCUUGUUAGGCAAUUGUCUUAGCCUGGAGUAUCUCUGGUUGGAUGGGAACUUCUUUCAGGGAUCAAUUCCUUCAGCAUUUAGUACUCUAAGAGGCCUUCAAUCCCUGGAUCUUUCAUGUAACAUCUUGUCUGGAAAGAUUCCACAAUACCUGGAGAACCUUUCUGCAUUGCAGUAUCUAAAUUUAUCUUUCAACAAUUUCGAGGGUGAAUUAUCAAAACAAGGGGUCUUUGGAAAUGCCAGUCAAAUUUCAGUGCUCGGAAAUAGUAAGCUUUGUGGGGGUAUUCAAGAAUUGCAAUUGCCAGCAUGCUCUCACCAAGUUUCCAAGAAAGGGGGGAUAUCUCUUGCUUCAAAAGUGAAAAUCUCCAUAAUUAGUGUUGUCAUGUUUCUUAUUUCACUAUCAUGUUCCUUUACCACUCUUUAUUGGGUAAGAAAGUCAAGAAGGAAACCCCUUGAUGUGCCUUCUAUGGAGGAUCCUUUCAUGAACGUGUCAUAUGCAGAGCUCUAUAAAGCGACAGAUGGCUUCUCUUCUGCAAAUUUGAUUGGCAGUGGAAGUUUCGGUUCUGUAUAUAAAGGAAGCCUAGAUCGAGAUGGAAUUGUUAUUGCAGUGAAAGUCCUCAACCUUCAGCAGCAAGGAGCUACGAGGAGCUUUAUGGCCGAAUGUGAAGCCUUGAGAAAUGUUAGGCAUCGGAAUCUUAUUAAAAUCUUAACUUGUUGCUCAAGCAUUGACUUUAAGGGCAAUGAAUUCAUGGCUUUAGUUUUUGAGUACAUGCCCAAUGGAAGUCUAAGCAAGUGGCUGCACGGAGAUGGGCAUGAUCAGUUGGGGAGGAAUUUAAACUUUAUUCAAAGGCUAAAUAUAGCUAUUGAUGUGGCUAAUGCACUGGAUUAUCUACAUCACCAUUGCCAAACACCGAUCAUUCAUUGUGAUUUAAAGCCGGAUAACAUUCUCCUCGAUGAUGACAUGAUUGCUCAUGUGGGUGACUUUGGGUUAGCGAGGUUCCUAUCUGACGUUCCUCAAACCAGCUCGGUUGGCGUGAAGGGAUCUACUGGGUACAUCGCUCUAGAGUAUGCGAUGGGCGCUAAAGCAUCUACACAAGGUGACGUUUACAGCUAUGGAAUCCUUCUAUUGGAGAUGAUAACUGGAAAGGGGCCAACUGAUGAUAUGUUUAAAGAUGAUCUAAGCCUUCAUCAUUUUGCUAAGUUGUCAUUGCCUGAACGAGUAAUGGACAUUGUCGAUCCAGUUCUCUUAGAAGAAGCCAAAGUUACUCAAGGCAGCGGAAAUCAUACUAACACAAGAAAAAGAAUGCAUGCUUGCUUAAUUUCAAUGGUCAGAAUUGGUGUGUUGUGUUCUGCAGAAUCUCCAAGAGAACGAAUGGAUAUGAAAGGUGUUGUCACAGAAAUGCAUAAAAUCAAGAAUUUAUAUCUGGGUGUCAGGAUUCAGCAAGAUGAACAAGUUAUGUCACAACUGUCAGGUGAAGAUCCAUCUUACCUCAGUUAUUACUAAGAUAUUAUUGGUAGUUAUAUUGAGAAGAUUUUAAAAUAAAAUGAGCUUGUUGAAAAUACUUUUCUUAACAAGCUUUAGAUAUGUUUAGUAUUGGCAUAAGAGUAUGCUUUUAAUAUUUACGGUGAAUGAUGGAAAGAUGUCUUCUUCUUCUUUUUUCUUUCUUUUAUUUCGUGUAAUUCAAAGGGCGAUCAUAUCAUGAAUGUAAUGAGACAUAGACAUCAUCAUUUUUACAUUAAGAAUACUAUUAGGAUUUUGAGAUGUGUAAUAGCUGUGACAU